GUGAUAUAAAAGACUGCGAGCUAGCGAGGACAACACUAGUGUUUUCAUCUUCCUGGAUAACGUCCAUAACAAAUCAAUAUGAAAUUCGUCAUUUUGUUAGCUUUGGUUGCUUUUGCAUACGCUGCUCCAGUUUCAGAAAUUGAAGCUGAUGAGACAAAGGAACCCAUUGCCAGUGUCAUCAACUCAGAAAGCUCUCACGAUGCUAAUGGUUCAUAUAAAUUUGGUUUUGAAGACAGCAAUGGAACAGUUCGUGAAGAACAUGCUGUCAUCACCGACGAGGGUACCGAAGAUGAGGCUCUUGAAAUUUCUGGAUCAUACAGAUACUUUGAUGCCAAUGGUGAUGAAAUUGAAGUCAAGUAUACUGCCGGUAAGAACGGAUUUGUUCCAGUUGGAUCCAUCAUUCCCAAGGAAAUUACUGAAGUAGCUGACGGUGCCAAGAAUCUUCCAAAAACCCAGUAUGACGAACCAGAGAGGGAGUCAGCUUUGAAUGCACCAAGACAAUAAAUUAGUAAUGAGUAGUUUUUUUUUAAGUUUAAGAAGGCGAGGCACAUAAACACUAAAAUAAUAAAAUAAGA